GUUGGCCACGACCUGGUGGCACUCAGUCGGGAUCGCGAAGCAUCACGAGCAGCAGCAGCAUGGGUCUCUUGGACGUCCUCAGCGCAGUCCUGCGCCCAGGAGAAGCCUCGCCUCCGAGCCUCGUCGUGACGCUGCUCGUACUUGUGUGGCUUGCGAUCUUCGCCCACGUUGCCGUGCGCUUGAGCCUCAUUGGCGUCUACAAGCUGCACUACUUGUGCACGGCGCGCCUGCCUGCCUUGACGUACCAAGGCAACGACAUCAUGCGCCAGCUUGUAGCCGCCUGCCCACGUAUUCGUGCCCCGUACCACCCAACUUGGUACCUCUUCAAUGGACACCUGCAGACGCUCGCGGUGGCGGCCGAGAACGACGAGCCGCGCGUCGAGUACCAGCGCGAGCUCUUUUCACUCUCGGACGGCGGCGUCUUGUCCUUGGACUGGGCUAAAAGCGCUGCGACCGUGCCGGCGGCGUCGUCCACCAACGACCACAACAAGCCAACCGUCCUCAUUCUGCACGGUCUUGCUGGAGGCAGCCACGAGAAAUACGUGCGUAGCGGUGUUGUGGCGCUCAUCCAGAACGGCUGGCGCGUCGUUGUCAUGAACGCCCGCGGCUGUGGCAAGACCAAGCUCGCCACGCCCAAGCUCUUUUGCGCGGGGUACACGCAGGAUGUGCGCGAGGUCGUAGCGUACCUCCGGGAAGCGCACGUCCCGACAAGCGUACUGCUUGGCGUCGGGUACUCGCUCGGUGGCAACAUCUUGACCAAGUUUGUCGGCGAAGAAAGCAAUCGGUGCUUGCUCACGGCGGCAGUCGCGGUCGGCAACCCGUACUGCCUCACGACAUCGAGCCACCACUUGAUGGGUUCGUGGCUCUACCGCCUCACAUACAACAACAUUAUGACCAAGAACCUCAUCGAUGUGGUGUUCCGCCAGACAAAUGCCCACGAAGUGUUUCAGGACCAUCCGAUCGUCGACCUCGACCACCUCCGGACCGCCAAGAACCUGCGCGAGUACGACGACCGCUUUACCCGUCUCGUAUUUGGGUACGAGACCGUCAGCGACUUUUACCGUCAAGCGUCGAGCGUGCAUUACAUCAAGCACAUUGCGAUUCCGACGCUCUUUCUCUCGGCGUACGACGACCCGAUUUGCGUCCAGCACGGUAUUCCGUACGACGACUGCGCCGCCAACCCCAACGUCCUCCUCGCGGUGACCCACGGCGGCGGGCACUUGGGCUUUUACGAAGGCCCGGACCGCACACCGUGGUCGCCUCAAGUCGUGGCCGAGUAUUGCAAUGCCGUGUUUCGUCUCGUGCAAAGCGGUGCGCUUCCUGCGGUCGUCGAACUGAUGACGGCGUCGGACGAUGAGACGGACGACGCAGACCUCGAGAUGGAGAUGGAGGUGGACGAGGCUAGCGCGACGGCCUCGUCAACAUCGACGUCGACGUCCGAGGUGGCGCUCCCCCGCGACGUGCCCACGCGCCAGAAGCUCGUUGAAGACAUUACGGACGUGGUCACAGCGACGCUCGACGACGCGGUCGACACGGUCCUCGAGCACGCGAGCGUAGAUCACGUGGUGUACGCCGGCGCGGCGGCCUUGGGCUUAUACCUCUUUUGGCGGCGCAUGUAAAGUGUUAUGACAAUAUUGGGUUGAGAAGUGUUGCAUCUUAUAAGUUAGCCGCUAUUUAUAGUCCAAUAAUCAUCAAUGUACGCAGAAGCGGCGGUGGAC